AUGCGCAAGAAUGGGUGGAAGACACCAUUUCACGUGUUGCAAUUGGGCACAUGGGUGAUCUUUCCGGCCGUCAUGGCGCUCUUUUUUGUCUUUUACACGCCCAUUCUGGACAAAACGCUGGCCAUCGUCCUUAGCCUCGUAUACGCGGCUGCCUGCCUCUUUACAGUCAUAUUUGUAUCCAUAUGCACAGGAACGGACCCAUCGGAUGAUUAUAUCAUGCGACCAUCGACAAUAGUCGACGUUAGAGACUCACGCCCAGACGAACGAGUUUAUUGCAACGUCUGCAUGAAAUAUGUCAACAACAAGAGUCGACAUUGUCGGCUAUGUGACAAGUGUGUAGACGUCUUUGAUCACCAUUGCAAGUGGUUAAACAAUUGUGUGGGUAGGAAGAACUACCAGUACUUUUUGGGAUCCGUCGUGGGCGCCUCAGUGUUUCUAGCAGUGCAGAUUGCGGUGGGAAUUGUUAUUGUCGUAAAGCUUUACUCGGAUGAGAAAGAAAUGCAGAGACAUUCAGCUACGAGCUAUGGCUGCUCGACAGAAAAGGAUAAUACAACGGGACUGUGUGUCGACGGACAAUACCGCAUCUCACUGCAGGCACUACGGAUCAUCCAUAUUGUGUUGCUUGCAUUUUUGAGCCCGUGGUUGUUUAUGAUCGGACAGCUUGCGCUUUUCCACUUCCAUUUAUGCAUGGAAAACAUCACGACCUACGAUUAUAUUGUUCGCCAGCGCAAGCGAAGAAAUGCUCAAAACCGAGAAAAUAGCGCUCAUGUGUCAUGGUGGAAACGGUGUUGUGGGGAAAAACCCAACUCUGAUGCUGUGCCGAGCAAUUCAAAAGCCAGCGUCAACGAGAUAAGCGACUCGCGCGUGUCCAGCGAAAGUGUGCGCAGCGAGGAAGAGGUACUGGCAGCUAUUGAAGCGGAAGUCGACGAAAGUCUGGAGGUGCUUAGCAACCAAAGCGGCGAGAUCCGCGAGCGCGACAGCAGCCGCCGUGGGAGUAGCUUAUACCGCAAACAGAGGAGCAACAGUGGACCGAAGCGUGGGUUUGGACUUCACAUUGAUCUGACCCAGCAACGAGGUGGUCAGACUAAAGUCGAUCCGAAUGAUGACGUCAAUACCCCAAGAUCAGAAAAUGGAGAUACAACGUACUUGGCAGCGCCGUACUCGCCCGGAACUCCUGCGUCGCAUCUAUCGCUGCGCUCUGAUGCGGGUAGCGCCUACUUUUCAAGCUCACAAGUGGACGAGAACGAGUUGCGAGAUGCUGGUGACUCGACUAACGAGCCUUCUUCAGCAUACUUGGAGUCCAGUAACUCGUCUAUGGUCAUGUCUGACCGACCACCUAUUGAUUUACCGUCAGCGAACCACAUCGCGUAG